UUGUACUUUAAUAUUUUGUUGAACAACCUAAAACACUGUACUAUGUGUAUGUUUGUGUUAAUGUAGCCUAAAUUUCUGUCUUGGUUUUUGUGCCUUGUCUUCUGCUGUGUUCUUAGAUUAAAGACUGUAAAACUGAGGAGGCAUGGAAAAAUCUUCAGGACAGUUUGGGUGACUGGAUUGCAGAUUGUGGUGUGCCAGGGGUUUAUGAAGCCAAAGUCCAUGACGUUCCUCAGAUACUUUCCCAAGUUGUGAAGCAUUUCAUCUUUCACAGAACUGCAAACAUGAUUGAGCAGUUUAAACAAGGGAUGAACUCUUGUGGCAAACUUUGGGAAACUGGAGAGGUACUGGAAUGCAUUUCAGUGCCUGUUUACACACACAGAGGGACGACUGACAAGAGCUGCCUUUCGCUGUCUUUUCAAUGUCGUUUGGAGUGACGAAGGGACAAACAACAAGGAAGCUGAAGAGGACACUAUGUUUGCAUGGGAAUGUCUUCUCAACAGUGUGCAAGGUAGAGGGGGCGCUAGUGAGCGAGCGAUGGUGUAGGUUGCAUGUUGCGGAGCUCUCCAGAACUUUGUCAGUUAAGUGAUAUUUAGGCGUAAUACAGAUUACAAGUCUCUUCACUUUAUAUCCAACUUGCAUACUUUACGAAAGGGAAGGCAAAUCAUGGCCAGCAGGACCACUAAAGGGCGUGCUGUGGCCACUUCUUCGACUGGGCCUGCUAAAGCUAACGCGCCGUCACCCCCAAGGGUCUCGGGUGAGUCCGAUAACCCCGCUCAAACACCUGUGACGGCGGUAAGCCCUUCUCAAAUCAUGGCCUUCAAAGACGAGUUAGUGGCAGCGUUGCGAGCGGAUUUUGCGAGCAUUUUCAAGGAUGAGAUCCGAGUGGUGUUUGAAAGCGAAAUUUCUGCUAUUAAACAGGAGAUGCAAGAUGCCAAAACGGAAAUUUCUAACUUUAAGACUGAUAUAAGGAAGGAUGUUGAAGCGAUGGAAAACACCAUGGAGCAGAUGGAAAGGGGGCUUUCUGGAUGUUCAGAUGACGUUGUGGCAUUACAGCGCACUGUACAACAACUUUCAAACCAGGUGGCGGCCUUAGAGGACAAAUGUGAGGAUCUGGAAGGAAGGUCCAGACGUAAUAACAUUCGGAUAAUAGGGGUACCAGAGGGCGUAGGCAGCAGCAGCGUGUCGGCAGUCUCCGCACUCUUGAAGGACGCCUUUCAGCUAGAAAAGGCCCCUCUACUGGAUAGAGCACACCGCACCUUACAGCCACCCCCGAAGCAAGGAGCAACCCCUAGAGCCAUAGUGGCCCGUCUUCACUAUUUUCAUGAUUGCUCUAACAUCUUGCGACUUGCCAGAGAAAGGAAACGUGUGGCUGUGAACGACUUGACCAUCUCAGUGUAUCCGGAUUAUACAGCGAAAGUCGCCCGGGCGCGAGCAGCCUUCAAUGACAUCAGACAGCAGUUGCGUGGCAUCGAGGGACUUCGUUUUGGCAUACUUCAUCCGGCUAGGCUUCGCAUCACUUACAAAGGAGUGGAGAAGAAUUUCACAUCGCCAGUUGAUGCCCAGAAGUACAUCGCACAAGAUAUUAUAAAAUAACCAACCGCCGCACGUUCGGAGUUUCCUCUUAUGUAAAGGGGAUGCAGAGCCUGAAUGUGUCUACUUUAAUUAACGGGACAAGGUUCCUAACCAGCCUAUUUUGAUUGCUUGACCUUUCGAGCUGGG